GGCGAAGUUGACAACUUCAGCGACAGGAUGUUACUAUGAGGGGAUGUUUCGAGUGAGCAUCGAAAGUGGGCGGAUCUAUAAAAAUGAAACUUUGAAAAAGAACAGCAAGAUAUGGAGAGGCUCGUCGUGGUGGUCAUUCUGAUUUCUACCACAGCCGCAAAAUUUCACUUCUCCAUCCCACAACCCGAAGUGAGGGGAUCUCUCUAUUCAGAUGUUCUGCUGCCCUGCACUUUCACCGACGCGGACCAAGAAGUGGAUCUUAAUUAUCUGCAGGUCAUCUGGAAGCAGGACAAUAAUGAGCUGCUCAGGUACCAGGCGGGCCAGAGGAUCUUCAGUAACAGGUUUGCAGUGUCUGAAAGUGAGCUGCAGCAUGGCAACGCCUCUCUCCUACUACGGAAUAUCACUGUCGGUGAUGAAGGGGAUUAUGAAUGCGAGGUCAUCGAUACUCCCGACUCGGGAAAAGGCAAAGUCAACCUUAAAGUGACAGCUGCUCCUAAAAUCUCCUUGAAACCCCCUCUGGUUGUGAUGGGUGAGUCAAAUCCCCUGGAGUGCCACGCGGAUGGCUUUUACCCUGAAGAGAUCUUCUUCGAGUGGCUGAGGGACUCCAGAGUACUCCAUCAUCCAGUGCCUUCACAAAUGCAGAAAAACUCAGAUGGCACCUUCAGUGCAGUGAGCCUCUUCUUCUAUACCCCGACCAACAAUGACACGGGUGUGCUCUUCUGCUGCCGGGUGAAGCACAACUCUCAGCAUGAGCCUCUGGAAGAGAAUUUCCUUCUGAAGUUCCGCAGACGUCCAUCUGUGACAAUCACGCCCACAACACUACUUCAAGGUGAGGAGCAGGCCAUUAUGUGCAAAGUUGAUGGCUAUUACCCAGAUGAUAUCAUCGUUGCCUGGAGGAGAAACGGGAAGCCGCUCAAAAAAAUUGAGGAGAAGAGUGACGGCACGUUUGCUGUGUCAGAGUCGUUCAUGGUAACCCCUAAAGGCAAGGAGGAGGAGCAGGAGACGUUCUCCUGCGAGGUGAAACAGGAAGGAUUUGCAGAGCCACUCACUAAGAAUAUUCAGUUCAAGAUAGAAGGUAAACCCAGGAGUGCUGCUGAAGUAAUUGGGAUCACAAUAGCCGUCAUUUUGGUUAUCCUACUUGUGCUGGCGUUCCUGUUCUACAGGCUUUACAAGAAAUAUCACAAAAGAAGCUUCUUCAUGUCUGAUAUCAUUGUACCUUCAAAAGUAUUUGUGGGUCAGGAGGUCACACUGGAGUGCUUCAUCGACAGACACUUUAGGGAGGAGCCCACAUGGUGGAUUAAAGUCUCCGACGAGUGGGGCAAGAUUUCAUGCAACCAGGUAUAUGUGAUAAAAAACACGGUGUGCAAGAGUUCAAUUCUUCACAGGAACUUACAGAAUGGCAAUGGUGAGGAGCAAUCUCUGAUAAAGACCCAGAGGCCCCAAAAGAGACACACUACUUUGACUUUUGUUACUGAUGUGAAAAAGCACGCCGAUGUGGCUUUCAGAUGUCAGAUUACCGGCAUAUUGCCAAACUUGAAGAAGGAAGAGACCAAAACAAAGGAGACCAAGCUCAGACUUUUAGCAUACCCCUCCAUUUCAGCCAUUAAAGACAUUUCAGUGUUCCCUAAUGAAAAUGGGAUGCUAUGGAUUAAAGCUUCAGACUUUUACCCUAAAGAGAUCCGGUUCAAAUGGCCAGAUUCGGUAUCGUCAGAGACGCAGAGCGCCAGUGUGGACAAACACGGACUCUACAGCACAUACAGCCAAUGCAAAGUACCCAUGGAGCACCUCAGAGACCCCGAGUUUGAGCUGCAGGUGGACAUCAUUCACGACUCCCUGGAAUUUCCUUGUACCAAGCGAAUAAGGGGGGGCAUCCCUGGCAUUGGUGGCAUCCCACUUGUAUCAAAUGUGAAAGUGACCUCACACUUAGAGAUUGGACACCCGUGUACUUUAAGCUGCAAUGUGACAGAGUUCUACUUCAGUUGCAGACCUGAGAUAAAGUGGAUCCAGAAGAGGAUUAGCACCGAGGAGAUUGUCACCCGUGAAGAAGAAUACUGGAAACCAGUAGAAUCCUUUUCUGGCCCCUUUAAGAAAGUUAACAGCAUCUCAUAUUUGGUGGCCCAGGCUGUCUUCGUCCCUACAAGAGCCAAUAUCCAGGAUAUGGACUUCAUCUGUAGAGUUGAACACCCGCUGCUGAGCACACCCAUCGAGCGACACACUCAACAGCUCAGCGCAAUUGGGUCAAUAUGCAAACCCAAUGUCUCCAAGCUGAAGAUUAUGUUACUUUCAAAGACCUACAUGCUGACCUGCACCAUUUCCGAUUUUUACCCAAAUGACAUCAAGGUGACUUGGUGGGUUCAGGAGAAAGACACAGAAGCGAUUCUUAUUGAAAAUGGACCAAAGUGGAAAAUAAAUGUGUUAAAUAAGACCCCUUAUCGCAAGCCUAACAACCUUUACACGCUCAUCGCUCAGGCGGAGUUCACCCCACGCAUUUUCGAUCUGACAGAACACAAAAUAAUCUGCAGGGUGGAGCAUGAAUCGAUAAAUCAGUACGUGGAAAGAACAUCAGAUAUUUUGAAUGCUUCCAGUGAGUUUGCAGACUUUCAAGCACAUUAUGAAACGGUCAUCAGUUACUCUUUACCCUGAGGAGACCACCCAAGCAGCGGAGGAUUAUGACCAUGAAUGACCCAACCUACAAGGGAAGUGGCAGUGGUAUGGAGUCGAGGCUUUGGAACGAAUGGACUUGUGACUUUGAGAUACAAGAAGGUGGUUGGUUUUGUUUGAAAGAGCUUAUAACCUGUUGGGUCAGUGAAGGGACAUGAAUUCAUUCUGGCAUAGGUGCCCAAAAGCUGCAAGUGUGGUGAUGGAGGGCUGACUCAGCAACAUUGCACUGUGGCCAACACACUGUAAAAAUGCUCUUCAGGAGUCAGUAAAGGACGUAUGAAAGCUCAGUGAUGUGGAUCAGCUGACGCCACAAGGUUCAAUCGCACACUGGUUCAGUGGCAGACCACCAUGCAAGGAAUGGGAGAGAAGAACCAAGUUGAGGAGAGUCUGUCAGGUGCAAACAAGAGAAGGAGUCAAAGGCAAAAUAGUCAGUAGUAUUUGGUAGUAUUGGACCUCUUUGUGAGAGUCAGACAAAAUUCGGGAAGUGCAUCAGAUGAUUCAUCUAGGAUCACGCCAUCGAAGAAUAAUUUAUGACAGGACACACCAUGAAAGCUGCUACAACACACACACUCUGGAUGUAUCAUUAAAUGGAUUAGGCACUUCAUAUCGAUGUCAGGCACCAAUCGGCUUGCUGAAUGGGAAGUUUUAUCUGUGAUGUCAAAAGUGUUUAUGUAAUUUGUAUGAGCUUCAGAUAUAAAAUCAGGGACACCAUACACUCUAUGAGCCAUCCCCCUAGAACAAAAGGACGGCAUUCCUUUCAGAUACAAAACUUGGGUUGGGCUGGAGGACUGAGAUAUGGCUAAAUAGGACUGGUCACUAAAUCAGGAGAUUGAACUACAACACCUCCAUUGGUCCAUGAGGUAAACAGGAAACUAAGGGACUUUCAUAAGUUUGGUCUCAUUCCCUAUACACCCCUCUCUCUGUUCGCCAUUUACCAUCCCAAGUGGGCCAGUCCUCUUGUCGGCCAUAUUGAGACAGGUCAUGCUGCCUGUUUCUGAAAUCUUCAUGGCCCCAUUUAAAGGCCAUGAUAGAGCAAACUGCACGUCGGACUAGAGACCCAUCAACAGAAUAAGACAGAGAGUCACCUGGUAGUCUAUUAUCAGGUUGUAUUAUUGCUACCAAAACUCAUUGUAUUCGUUGUACUAUUUUGGAAAUAUUAUUUA